UUGAUGUGCUCUCGAGGAGGCAGUGCACACAUUGCAUGUGUAGAAGGGGGUUGAAGCCUACGUCACAACCGCAGCUUGGACCCUAUGACAUGGACCAACACAUACAGACACAACACGGCACCCUGAUUGAGUGACAGGUGGACAGAGUGGUGAGGAAUAAGUGGGAACAUCAACAAAGCAACAGAAAGGGGAAAAGGACCCAGCGGAGAGAAAGGUGCAGUGUGUUGUGUCCAAACGUCAGAAAAGGAGAAAGAGCAAAGGAAAGACAGAAGGAAGGAAUUGUUUGGUAUCUGACAGAAAGUUCUUAAGAUUAGCGAGCAACAGGAAGUGAGAUGGCCCCCAAGAAGAAGACCCUGCGUGUGAAAAAAUCAUCUCCGGACCAGGUCGUGGUGGAGACCACCUCGCCGACCCUGAAGGUGGAGCGGCGCGACAGCGGCGUGGUAGUGGUGGUGGAGAGCGCCGUUAAAAAGAUUGAGCAAAUGGCGGCGUUGGACAUCGCCCAGCUAAACAGUCUCAACCUGCCGCUGCCGCCGCCCGUCCUUAAGGCCGGCGAACGCGGGCUGGGGCUGGGCAGCGAGCUCACGCGCCCGCUGCACGGCAACGCCAUGCUGGAGGAGCUCAGCAAGAUGCGCCAGGAGAAGUUCCUGACCGAUCUGGAGUUGAGCUGCAAGACCAAAUCUUUUGACGUCCACAAGCUGGUGAUCUCAUCCAUCAGUCAGUACUUCAGGGAGAUCCUGGCCAAAGAUCCUGACAUGAAGCGUCUGGAGCUGCCCUCCCUUUCGCCUCUUGGUCUUGCCAAUGUGAUCACGUUCGCCUACCUUGGCCGGGUGCACAUGUCGUUGUACACCAUCGGUUGCACGGUGUCGGCGGCGUCCACGCUGCAGAUUCCGCAGCUCCUCAAGAUGUGCACCGAGUUCUUGCUGGCCGAGCUCAACGUGCAGACGUGCGUGUACGUGUGGAACAUCGCCGCCGCCUACGGGCUGGCGGCCGUGUGCGAGGCCGCCCGCCGCUUCGUGCUGGACAACUUUGUGCAGUUUGCCGACACGCCGCUGUUCACGCAGCUCACGCUGGAGCAGAUCUGCGCCUUCCUUCAGGACGAUUCGUUGGUGCUGCCCUCCGAGAUGGUCACCUUCCAGCUGGCUAUGAAGUGGCUGGACUUCGAGGCAUCCCGUCAGCCUCACGCGGCGGCGCUGCUGUCUCACGUCCGCCUGGAGACCAUCCCGGCGGGUGAGCUGGUGAGCCAGAUCCAGACAGUGCCCCGCAUGAUGCAGGACCCGCAGUGCCACCGCCUGCUGGUGGAAGCCAUGAACUACCACCUGCUGCCCUACCAGCAGAAUGCCCUGCAGUCCCGCCGCACUCAGGUCCGGGGCAGCCAGCACGCCCUGAUCGCUGUCGGCGGGCGUCCGUCCCUCACCGAACGCGCCCUCAGCCGCGAGGUGCUGUGGCGGGAGCCUCGCGAUGGCGGCGCAGCCUGGCGUCAUCUCACCCAGCUGCCGGCUAAGAGCUUCAACCAAUGCGUGGCGGUCAUGGACGGCUUCUUGUACGUGGCGGGCGGCGAGGAUCAGAACGACGCCCGCAACCAGGCCAAGCACGCCGUCAGCACUCUGAGCAGAUACGACCCUCGCUUCAACACGUGGCUGCACUUGGCCAAUAUGCGGCAACGCCGCACACAUUUCUCGCUGUCGGCCAGCGGGGGGCGCUUGUUUGCCACAGGCGGCCGUAACGUGGAGGGCCUGCUGGCCACAGUGGAGAGCUACCUGCCCUCGGCCAAUGCCUGGCAGAUGCGGGCCCCCAUGGAGGUGCCGCGCUGCUGCCACUCCAGCGCCACCCUGCCGUCAGGCGACAUCCUGGUGACGGGCGGCUACGUCAACUGCGCCUACUCGCGCUCCGUGGCCUGCUACAGCGUGGAGGGAGACACCUGGAGCGAAAAACCCGCCUUGGAGAUGCCCCGUGGUUGGCACUGCUCCGCCACGCUGGGCGGCAAGGUGUACGUGGUGGGCGGGAGCCAGCUGGGGCCCGGCGGUGAGCGGGUGGACGUCCUGGCUGUGGAGGUGUUCUCCCCUGAGGGCGACGGGGCGUGGAGUCGCGCCGCCCCGCUACCCCUUGGCGUGAGCACGGCCGGUCUGUCCAUCCUGGGGGCCAACACGCUGUACCUCAUCGGAGGCUGGAACGAGGCAGAGAAGCGCUACAAGGCUGCAGUCCAGACCUACUCCCCGGCGACGGACAGCUGGGCCCGCGCGGAAGACCUGCCCGAGCCCACGGUGGGGGUGUCGUGCUGCGCGCUGGCCCUGCCGCCGCGGCACUUGCCCCGCCGUCAGCAGCACCGCAACACACCUGCCCACGAGGAGUCGCAGCCGCAACAGCCAGCCGGGAAGAACCUGAGCGGAAUGGCGCCGCCACAAAGCGUCACAGCGUAAAAACAUCUCCCGAGGACAGCCGGCUGGGUCGGGACUUCUGAUCAACGUGCUAUUCAUCACUGAUGGAAAUCAGCGCAGAAAACCAUAUGGAUUGCAAUCAAAUGGCGCCAUUGGGACAUUUCCUGAUAAAACUGAUUAAAUAAGCAUUGAUCCAAACCUACAAGUAAUCAGACAAUAAAAUUUGGAAUGAAAUUAAUUAAUGAAUUAAGCCUGGUCCCAUUAAAAUGUUUCAAUUAGCGUAAACCUUUUGAUUAAAUUCAAGUACAGCAGUGAACGUACACUGACUAAUUCCAGUAACUAUAUUUCCAAAAAAGAUAAACACUUGCGGUGUGCAUCAAAAUGAGCGAUAUUUUGGAGAGGGGAAUCUCCCGAGAACGGGAAAGCGGGAGCAGGGAUGACGAAAGAGGAAACGAGAUGAGUGGAAGCGCUUGGAAUGUUUCCAUCAAACUGGGAGCCAAUCAGCCAGCGACGACAAUUCGCUUCUGUUGCAGCAUUUCAGGGAGAAGGAAAAUAUGGAAGCAAAAAUAUAGAUGGUGAUUUAGAUGUUGGCAACAACACAGUUGAAAUCCAAAAGAGAAAAGUUAGCGUACUGUUUAAGACGCUAUGAGAGGAAUAAAGAAGCCGUGCCUUAAAAUAAGUGAAACAUGUCAAGUACAGUGAACCGGUGAGACGCCAAUUUGUUAAGAACAGGGAGGGGCCGAGUCAGCUUAUCCUCACCCUUGUGUCGAUGACUGUCAAAUUUUGGGCUUUCACUGAAUAAAACGCAAACUGAAUGAAAA